CCUGCCUGUCCCCUGCCUGUCCCCUGCCUGUCCCCUGCCCUGCACACCCACCCAGGGACACCGAGCAGAGGGCACUCCAUGGAUGACGACCGUCCCCUCUUCAUCACCUUCAAGCCCCUCGCUGAGGACAGCACAGCCAGAGCCAAGCCAGCACCCACCAGCACCCCCAGCCAGCCCCAGGGGGCAGAGCAGCUGCCAGGAUGUCACAGCAGGCAUGGCAGGGUCCCUCCAGGCUUCUGGCCACCCCCAGCAGCCCAGUCCCUGCCCGAGGGGGAGCCGUGGCCGGAGCGGGUGGCCCUGCGUGCCCGCACCAGGCUCUGGUUUGAGCAGACACAAGCGCAGAGGUUGGGGCCCGAGGGGGAGCUCCCCUCGUGGUUCCACGGCUUCAUCAGCCGCAGGGAGGCCGAGCAGCUGCUGCAGGAUCAGCCCCUGGGCUGUUUCCUGGUGCGCUUCAGCGAGAGCACCGUGGGCUUCGUGCUGUCCUACAGGGGCAGGGAUCGCUGCCGGCACUUUGUCCUGGACCAGCUGCCAGACGGGCGCUACGUGAUCCUGGGCGAGAGCAGCGCCCACGCCGAGCUGGCCGAGCUGCUGCGGCACCACGGCACCGCCCCGGUCACACCGUACCGCGAGUUCCUCACCGUGCCCCUGCCCUGCCGGAAAGAGGAGCCCCGAGGGCGGGCACAGCCCCCGGCUGGCGGUGCUGCUGCACAUUCCCCACCGAGCCAAGCACCGGCCAAGCUCCCGGAGUCCAGCCCCGCGUCCCUGGAGUGCCCCAGAGCCGAGGGCGGCUCCGCCAGGGAGGUAACGGGGCAGGGGGAUGGAGGAAAUUCCCAAGCACAGGAUGGGAGGCGGGGGAUCAGUGACACCCCCAGCCCUCAGCCCUGCCCUGUCCCAUCUCUCCCGCAGGCUCCCGGGGUGCCACCGUCGCUCCCUGCCAAGAGCAGCUCCCGGGGCGCGGCUCGGGGGCUGCCCAGCCCCUCCGGCAGCGCGGCAGCCCCCGAGGUCCCCUAUGCCCAGGUGCACAAAGAAUCCGCCCGCCCCGAGCCCCCCGAGGCCAAGUACCAGCAGCUCAUGUGUUUCCACAUCUACGCCGAGCCCCGCGAGGAGACGGACCCCAGCCCCUCAAGACACUGCGAGCCCCAGGAGCCCACCCCCGGGGGACACAUCCCCGGGGGACCCCCCAGCCCCGAGGAGCCCAUCCCCUUCUAUGCCAUGGCCCGCGGUUGGAGCUCCCGUGCCAGCCCCGAGGAGAACGUCUACUCCGAGGUGGCACUGGCCCGGCAGGAUGUGCCUGCCCGGCCCCCCACAGCCCCCCAAAACGCCUUCUCCACGCUGCCCCCCAAAGGCCGGCCCCACCGCCGGCUCCUGCGCAGCGUUUCCAGCCAGGACUGCAGGAGGAGGCAGCUCUCGGCGGCUCCCAGCACGGACAGGAAGGACAGAGGAGCUCCCAGCUCAGGCACACAGGUUGCUCUGAAGCCUGAGCUGGAGCUGGAUGACCCCGUGUACAGCAGGAGCACACCCAGGGAGCAGCAGCCCAUGGCUGAGAACGUGUACGAGCAGCUGCCUGGGGACUGCCCCUGAGCCUCCCAGGCAGGAGGAACCUCAGCCCCCAGCUCACUGCAGGAAGCCCCUGGCCCUGGGAGGAGAGCUCCAAGGCUGCUGUUGGACCCAGCUGGUGAUGCCAAUCUGCUCCAUGGGGAGCUCUUCCAGCUUCCCAGCCCUGUUGGACAGCACAGGAGGGAGCCUCACCUCACCCAUGAACACAUUCCAAGAGACUUCUGUUAAUAAAAUGAGGGAGAAAAGCUGUUACAGGAAAAACAGAUGAGUUUGGCACAGUUGGUGCACGCAGUAGGAUAUUAAAAUGGCCAGAAACU